CAUGAGCUUCGCUAUAAAGGUGUGGAAGGGGUAGAAGGGAAGCGUUGACUGGCCCUCCUGAGUGACGACGAUGGAAAAGACCAACCACGGCGAGAUGGCAGCGCACUCACACGAGAGUACGCCGAGCCCCACACCUACGGAGGUGCACCACGACAACCACGAGCAUGGUCUGUCGUUCAAGCCCGCCGAAGAUAUCGAAAAAGGUGUGCCUGAUGGUUCAAAGGGCGAACCGUUGAAAGGACAGCUGGGCGAGCCGGACAAGAGCGGCACCAUUAUCAUUGGUUGGGAAAAGGACGACGAUGAGAAUCCCAAGAACUUUUCCUUUAAAAGACGAUGGUACAUCACUUGGAUUGUUAGCUUGUAUGGGAUCCUGUCACCGCUCACCUCUUCGAUGAUCGCGCCGUGUACCGGUGUCAUCAGCAAGAGCCUUGGCGUGACAAAGACUUUUGAGAUGAACAUGAUGGUAUCCGUUUACCUCUUGGGCUACGUCGUUGGACCAUUCUUCAUCGGCCCUCUCUCGGAAGUCUAUGGUCGCCGACCUGUGCUCAUGGCAAGCAACGCCUUGUUCAUUGCUUUCAACAUCGGCUGUUCGCAAGCGAGGACUUUCGAUGAGAUGGUCGCCUUCCGGUUUCUUGCGGGUCUCGGCGGCGCAGGGCCCCUUUCAAUUGGGAGCGGUGUGCUGGGCGACCUCUGGCGAGCCGAAGAAAGAGGCAAGGCAGCUGCUCUUUACUCGAUCGGUCCCCUGCUCGGCCCAUCGCUCGGUCCCAUUGCGGGCGGUUUUCUUGCAGAAGCGCGAGGGGCAGACACCUACGGCAACGAUACCUGGCGAUGGACGUUUUACAUUGUUAUCAUCGUCGGCACCAUUUCCGCAACCGUCGGCUUCUUCCAGUUGCCCGAAACAUACGGUCCCCUCCUCCUCGAACGCCGCGCUAGACGGCUGCGUGCACAAACGGGAAACGAAAAGAUCCAGUCAGAGUACGACAAGAAGGAGACAACCCGACAAAUCAUCACCCGCGCGCUCGUCCGCCCCAUCAUCAUGCUAACGACGCAGCCGAUCAUCCAAAUUUUCACACUAUACCAAGCUGUUCUCGUCGGCACUUUCUACAUUCUGCUGGUCACCUUUACAAGAGUCUUUACCGAGACGUAUCAUGAAUCAACGGGAAUCGCCUCGCUCAAUUUCCUGGCUCUCGCUCUAGGCGCCAUUACAGGGCGACAAAUCGGCACGCAGCUCAUGGACAAAUACUACUGCAUCCUAAAGGCUCGAAAUGGUGGUGUUGCCAACCCCGAAAUGCGGCUCGUCAUUUUCUUUAUCCCCGCCAUCCUCAUCCCAUCUGGGAUGCUCAUCUAUGGUUGGGCAAUUGAAUACGCCGUCCACUGGAUCGUGGCAGACAUUGGCACCUUCAUCUUCGCGAUGGGCCUCAUGUGUGUUGGCUUCGCCCUCAACGCCUAUACCAUCGACGUCUAUCCCCUAUACGCCGCUUCGGCGCUCGCUGUUACUAACUCUGUCCGUUCCGUCUUCGGCUUUGCCUUCCCUCUCUUCGCCGACGACAUGUACGCCAAACUUGGCUACGGCUGGGGCAGCUCGCUGCUGGCUCUCAUUGCUUUUCUCCUCGGUGGACCAGGCGCCCUGGCGCUGUACCGCUACGGACCAAAGCUUCGCGCAAUGUCGACCUACGCAGCCGGUGGUGCCGGCUCUGGACAAUAAUAGCACGGGUGUAGACGCCCCUCAUAACAUGCUGCUGUAUUCACAAAGGAAAGGAUAUUACGAAAAUACGAAG